AUGGCGGCUUCCAUGGCGAGCGUCCUGUCAAAGACCAUUAACAGACACUUCUUUCAGGCGGCUGCAGGACAGCAUCAAAGACGGUUGAUCCACACAUCACCGUCUCCUGUCGUGUCAGAGGAGCCGGACACUCUCUAUCAGAGGCUGUCAGUGGAGGUCAAAGGUCACGAUAGGUCAGUUCUGGACAGUUAUGAGUUUUUCGCGACUCUGGCUGCUCGAGAGCUCGGACUCACCCUGGAGAAAGUGUUCGAGCCGCCCAAACACAUUGAUAAGCUCACCCUGCUGAAGUCCAUUCACAUCUUCAAGAAGCACAGAGCCCAGUACGAGAUGAGGACACACCGCCGGCUCGUCCAGAUUUCUGGAAUAACGGGAUCAAGCGCGCGGGUUUAUCUGGAGUAUAUCCAGCGCAAUCUGCCGGAGGGCGUCGCCAUGGAGAUCACCAAGACUGCGGUUGAGAAGAUCCCGGAGCACAUCCAGAAUCCACUGUGGGACGAACACAGCCAAUGAGGAACGAGCAUA